GCAAUCAUUUCUCCUUUUCUCGGGCUGAUUGAGAACUACUGUGUGAGCUGUGAUUGGUCACAGCUUGUCAUAUGGUACAAGGCUGUUCUGAAUAGCCUUGUACCAUGUGAUCUCUGUGAUCAUUCACAGAUUUCACACAUAGUAAGCAAUGAUGUCAGAAGUGACAUCUUGCUUACUACUCAGCAUGUGAUCACUGAUUGGCCAAUCAGUGAUCACAUGAUCAGGACCUCACACAGAGGUCCCGACACAGCGGGCACCGGAUCGCGGUGCUGUCCAAAAUGGCGAGCGCCGUUUAUG